AGAAUCGCGACAACCUCGCAAAGAAAAGCCCCCCCCCGUUCCAACUCUCAGCUUGCCAAAAUCGCCGCAGCCCUCGCAAAGCGCCAUCUUCCCAGGACCACCUCUCUCCUGGGAAUCCUUCAUUGCUGCCCAACAAGGGCGAUUGGCCAAAAAAGUCAAGUGCGGUCCGAACAGGCAAUGCGCUAAACUCGUACAAAGCUCUCAUUCCGAACAACCAAUAACUUAAAACAUACAUAUACAACAACAAAACACACAAACCUCAGCCCACCAUGCCGUCCAUACUCAACAUCGCACACAUGUGCUCCCACCUCCAAAACGCCUCCAAAGCCCGCCUCGGCCUCACCUCCAUCGCAAACACCAAAUACAACCUGCACCUCGCCCUCGCCCUGCACCGCUCCGGUUUCUUCUCGUCCGUCUACCGCGCGGGCCCGCAGCCCCCCACCGCCGAGCAAAUGGUCGCCCAGGUCCCCGAGCCCGUCACCAACGCCACCGUCGCCAAGAUGCGCAUCUGGCUCGGGCUCAAGUACUGGGAGGGCAAGCCCGUGCUUAACAAGGCCUCUGUGAUUAGCAAGCCGUCGAGGUUGAUGACUGUGGAUGUGCAGGAGCUGGGGAGGCUAACGAGGGGGUUCCCAACAAAGGUCAAGGGCGGGAUGGUGCAGGGGCUGGGUGUGGGCGAGUGUAUGUUUGUUUCGACGUCAAGAGGAGUGCUGGAGGUUAGGGAAGCGCUGGCGAGGAAAGUUGGUGGUGUUUUGAUGUGCCGAGUAUCAUAAAUUCAAUGUUUGAACAUGGGGGAAUGGGGGGAAAAAAAAGGAAAACUGGGCCUGGAGAUAUUGCGGCUUCAUGAUGUAUAUAUAUAUCGUCUCAUAAAGAAAUGGGGGGAGAGAAAAGUACGUCUCACUGUAUGAAUAGAAUGGAUUUCAAACAAAGGCAAGGUCUCAAAUCUACAAAGAAGAAUUGGAG